CGCGAGCUUACGGCUGCAGAAGUUGCCUGUCAGACAGACGGCAGCUCACAUCCGCGCUGCUGCUGCUGCUGCUGCCAUACUGUGAGACGAGUAGACGGGGAGGAAGACGGAACGAGAUCGAGACACUCAUUAUUAAAUAAUAGUUUUCGCUAUUUUCCCUCCCGCAAAGUUCGAGUUAUAUAACGCGAGAAAUUCACCGAACGGAGGAGGUCCGACUAGCCGUGCCAAGGAUACGCUGGGCCGCAGGAAGGACCAGGCAUGAGCACGGGGGAGCCUGCCGGUGAGGGGGGAGGGGGAGGCGGGGAAUCGACUCCCGGGGGUGACCACAGUGCAGGCACGCCCGUCGGAGGUACGGGAAUGUCGUCCGCGGUACAGCCGGGAUCUCAACAUCCGCCACCUUCACCCCUGAGCGGUUGUUAUCUUCUCGUCGUUCUACCCGAGCCUCACACCGCACAACACAAGGAUUUGAUCGUCGGACGUCUCGCAAAAGGAUUCCUUUCGUGGGAUAAAGAUAGCUGUCACGUCGAUCUGGAAAAGGAAUUGCAGGCUUUGAUUACACAAGCACCAGAAGGAGAGGAAGCCCGAAAUGGUGAGCGACUGAUACAGUACGCGACGGAGAACCUAGUGACGGAGGUGCUGAUACACCCGCAGACGAACACACUGCUACAAUGCAUCCGCAAUCUCCUAGCUAGUUUCACCAAACACAGACACAUCAUCCAUGCCGGCUACACGUUCAGUGGAAAUGGUUCCUGGAUACUGCAGGAUGGGACCUUCAGCUUGGCUGACUUUCUGGACGCCUUCAGCGAGCACGAGGUACAGCGAGUUCUUCGCGCGUACGAAAAUAGUGUCACCGUCGAUAUUCACUGCGCCGGUGUCGGGGACUGGACGUCCUCGCGUCUUUCGAAAGAAGCAUGCACCAGAUCGUGCAGGGUACGAGUAAAUCCAGACGACGUCCUCACCGCCGGAGUUGCGGCGAUCACGAACUUCACAUGCUACGUCGGACAAUACCUGGUGCCCCAGACGUUGGACCAGCUCAUGGAACCGUCGGAUGUCGUGGGGAACAUCCGCUUCAGCCACCCCACCCUUUACGUAUUUCCCGGUGGUCAGGGCGACGCGGCACUCUUCGGAAUAAACGGAUUCAACAUGCUCGUCGAUGGCGGCUUCGCCAGAAAGGCUUGCUUCUGGGACUUCGCGAGGCACUUGGAUCGGCUUGAUGCCGUUCUUCUCACUAGAGUUAAUAAUAGCAAUAUAGGCGGCAUGUCGAGCGUACUGAGAAAAAAACAGGAAAUGCACGUCUAUCCCCAGAUUGGACACUUUUUCUGUAAUUUAGUGGAAAGGCGACAAGCGAAUUCUCCGGAUGGCGACAAGGACGUCGACCCUCUCAUAUUGGACUUGACGGACCUUGGGCAAGAGAUGAUCGUCAACCUCCGGCACAUAAAUCUACGCGCUCAUCCGUGCUACAGGGACCUAGAUCCCAUUAACCUGUAUCACAAGGUCGGACACGGUACCCUGGACAUGUACGUUCUCAGCCCGAACAAAGAUUCGCGGGAAGUGAGGGAGUUCCUGGUCAAAUGGCAGGCUUCGGACUCCAAGCUGUUUGCCGGUUCCCACAGAAAAGAUUCGAAUAACUUGGCCUUCCCGAUUCAAAAUUUAGUUUCCAUAUGCGCCCUGCUCGUGUGGCAGCCAGCAAACCCUGAGGAUACUAUAACCAGAAUUUUAUUUCCUGGUAGUACGCCGCAAAAUAAAAUUUUCGAAGGUCUCGAACGACUGAAGCAUCUCGAGUUUAUGAAGCAUCCGGUAUGCUCCGCUAAGAGUUUGUCGCCUUCGACCUCGUUAGCUACUCUCAAGGAAAAGUCCAACAAACUAAAAACGUCCAUUAUUGAGAAAAGUGUUGACAAAGACAAGGACAAGGACAAAGACAAGGAUAAGGAUAAGGAUAAGGAUAAGGAUAGGGAUAAAGAUAAGGAUAUUAAGAGAGUUCCAGACUAUAAAAAAGAGAAAAGGGAAACACUCGAACCAAAGACUGUUAAAGGGGUCGAGGAAUCGACUCCGAAACAAGCUGCCCUUCCGGCACCAAUCAUUCCAACCAAGCAGCCAGCCAAGAUAGAUGUGAAGGCGAAAAAAGUCGUAGAAAAUAAAAAAAUAGAAAAAGAAACUCGGACGGAAAGCAGGAAAAUCGAGAGGGAUUUGAAGGAGGUGAAAAAAGAGAAAGAGGUGAAAAAAGAAGACAUAAAAAUAGAGAAGCAAGAAGUUGAAACGAAAAAGACUGAUGUAGUUAAAACGGAAACCGAAAAGACUGUCAUUACUAAAGAAUUCAAACCAAAACCCGAGCCAAAGAAGAAGGAGAUCAAAGAAUUCAAAAGUGCUGUUAAGAAUAAGGUCGACGUGACCGCAAAACCGGCGAUGAAACCUGCUGAGAAAAAAAUCAAGCCAUCCACUGAUAAAAAAGAUGUCAAAUCGUCCCCCACUACUCCUAAGAAAAUUGUGAACGGUACCGCGAGCAAAAGUGAAAUCGUCAAGACCGGUACGAAACCUCCAACAAAGACAACGACCAGAACGGUCUCCGCGAUGCCGGCGAAGAGUGCAAAGGAUGCCAAUAACCGCAAGGUCGUAGAGUCGAAAAACAUCGCGUUGUCAACAGCUCCACCGGCUCCAGUAGCCACCAAAGUACCCACAACGACACCGAAACCAAAGUCGACUGAACGCAGACCGUUCAGUUGGCGACAUAAAGCUGGAAGUCCCAGUAAGGCGCGGCUCCCUGGAAGCCCCGCAAAAUCUACCAGAAGCACGCCAGCAGCUUCCGUAAAAUCAGAAAAAGACGGUCCCAUUAGGAGACCAAAAAUUGACAAAACCAAAGAUACGGAUCCGUUGGGUGUCUCGACGCCUUCUGCGAUUGAGCCCGAAAGUAUUGUUGCAAUGGUCGAUAAAAGUCUAACUGAAAAAUCUGAUGAUAUUUCUGUAGACUCGAUCGAGAGCAAGGUUCUCGCUGAUCUUAAAGAAGAACGAGAAGUUGUCGAAGAAAUCGAAGCGGUACUCAGCAAAGCAGAGAGGGAUGAGAUCGCUAGAACGGCAGAUCUGCAUUUGGAGGCUGCUGACGAAAUAACCGCCGAAGUUACGGAAAAAAAAGACGAAGAUGUCACAGAAGAAGAUGUAACAGCGGAGAUCGAGGACGUGCCGAAGAAGAUUGGCUCGAGAAAAGAAAGCCAGGAAUUCACGGAGGAGGAUGAGUAUCUGAUCGUAGAGAAGGAAGAAGUUUACACGGAAGAUUCCGCCGUGAGUGGCGAGGGUGAGCAAAAGCACUUGCUGGAUGAGGUGGAAUCCGAAAAGACUAAGAAAUAUCAUGCUGCGAGUGAUAUCGACGUCACUGAAGAAGAAGCGAAGGAAAAAGACGAAACAGAGGAAAAGGAAAAGUACGAAAGACCGGAGAAAAAACUCCAAUUUCGAGAGACUCCCGGCGACGAGACGGAUGAACCCGCCGAUUUGUCGCCACUGCACAAGGAGCAGCUGAGAGAAGAAGUCAAGGAUAUUAUAGCGUCCGCAGCCGAGGUUAUCAAGAAAACGGAUGUACGGGAUGAUUCAGGGAAAAAAGAAAGCGAGGAUCUCAUCACGAAGGAGCCCUCCAGCGUCAGCCCCGAUAAGUUCGAUUCUUCCGAGAAGAAGACCACCGAUACGGACCUCAAGCCAGAAGCAGAUCAAAAAGAACCAGUACCUGAAAAACUGGAAGAAUCUCAGGAUCGCGUGUCUACCUUAGAGUCUGGAGCAACAACGACUGCCCCAACAUUACCGGAGGACGAGCGAAUCCCCUUGGACGAAAUCAAAGAAGUUAUCGAUGAAAAACAUGUCAAGGAACAAGUCAAAGAGAAAGAAAUCGAACCAGUCGUUGCCAAGCUACCGGAAAUCCCUCCCCCAAUGUCAAGCACUACAAUUAAAUCGUUUGUCAUUCGUGAGACCAUUCCAGCCCCCCAGAGAGAUAUCGUUAAAACUCCGGAUGAAGUUGCUGACCUACCUGUACACGAGGAGGUCGAUCCAAAACUCUAUGACAUGGACGAGUUCGAUAAAGUCAGGGAGGAAAAAGUCCCGAAAACUCCGGAGUCAAAGGAACCUCCGAUACCACCGGUGAAAGAGCAGAAGGGAAUGUUUAGUUUCUUCGGAAAAGUCGCCGAUAAAUUUGAAAAAGGGAUGGACAAACUGACCGGAAAAUCGAAGAAAGACACGGAGAAGGACACGGACGAGAAAUCAUCGAAAUCGAGCUCUCCGAAGGAAAUAAAACCCCAGGAAAAGACCAUUUCAGGAGAAGUUGACAUGAGUAAAGUCUUCCCAAAGGUCGGAAGGAUCGAGCCUCAUGAUACCUUCGAAAAAGCACAACCACAAACUCCAGCGGAUAUCAAAGUAGCUGCGAUCAAAGAAACCGCAGCAUUUUUGCAGCAGGAAAUUCGAGAAACGAAAAUUGACUCGAUAGAUCACGCCGGCAUUCUACCCCAUGAGGCGGUAACGCGCGAAGAGGUCUUAGAUGCCAAACCUGAGGAAAUCCUUGACAGUGAAAAUGUUGCUCCGAAAGUAAAACCGACAGAGAAGGAAUUAGAUAUAGCCUCCGCGACCGACGAUCUCAUCGAGGACACAAAAGAGGUAGAAGCAUUGCUAGAAGAAGCAUCGAAGAAAUUCGUAACAGUCAAAGACAGCCUCAGGGAUUCCCUUGAAUCAUUGGAGGAAAAAAUUGCGGAGGAAACCAUAGACUCGGUACAAGCAAUUGCCGCUAAAGACCCGGUCAAGAGCACGCUCACUGGAGUUGCAGAAAAACUGGAGGAAUUCAAGCCACACUACGACAAUAUCCCCGCAGAUUCAAAAGAACCGGAUAAAGUCAAGUUUGAGAUUCCACAGGACAUCGAGGGUGUCGAGGGGGAUAAUUCGGAUGACUAUGAAGGCCCAGUCAGAGACCUUAAGGAAGCCGUUCGCGAUGUUGGCGAGGUAUUGGCAGGAACAGCUGGCAUUGUAAUCGACGAUAAGCCGAAAGAUGUGAUUGAGAUUGUGAAGAAGGUUGCAGAAGUGCUAAAAGAGGACGACUUUCUACCGAGAGAAGGUCUUUUCGAGAAGAUCAGUCCCGUCUACGGAAUUAAAAUUGACAAACCUAGUGAUAAAGAACAAGUUGAGAUUUCGCCAACAAAACCAGAAGAAGCUGUUGAAUUGAAGCCAAUCGUUGAAGACAUGAUCAUGUCAAAACAUAUUGGAUUAACAGAGAAGCUACCGUCUCAAGAAGACAUCGAAGAUAUGCUGAAAGGGGGAAUCGCCAGACCGACGUCCACGUAUGAGAAGCCUGGUGGAAUAGAAGUGCACGAAGAACCGUGCGUAAAAAUUGUCAAGCACCCAGUUGUCGAAGUGAAAACACCGGUAACGGAAAAAAGUUCGCUCGGAGAGGACGUCAAAGGAUUGUGCGCAGAAACUUUGGGUGACGGAAAGGUGUGUGAGCCUAAAAAACCCGAUGACAGUAAGGUCGAUGAUAGUAAGGUUGAUGUCAUGAAAGCAGGGAUUGAAAAAGUCUGCGUGAAGAAAACGGCAGUGAAGCGAGAUCUGCUCGACGAGGAGAAAGAAGACAAAAUCCCUGAUCUUCCUGGUGAUGAAACACUCGAGCAGCCUGAAAUAUCAUUCCAUCAGAAAUUAGGCCCAGCUCAAGCGGAGCUAGUCAUGGUGACCCCAGAUUCAGCACCAACUUCACCCAAAUUCAGUAGUGAUAAGGUAUAUGAAAAGGAGUUGGAAGAGGCUAUGGAAGAAACCUCUAAGGUCCCUGGAGUUUCUAAGGACAUUGAAGAAUUCAUCAGCAGCAAGGCUGACGUGUAUGAUAUAAUCGACGAAGUAAUUAAAAGGGGUAAGAAAAUAACCAUAGAAAUUAUUGAGUACAUUGUUAUUGUGAAAAAGGUGUCCAGGGAGCAUGUAAUAUACAUUAUUGAAGAGAUUAUUAUAAAUAAGGGAAUCGCUCCAAGCAGCGUUGUUGAAAACGUAGAGAUUCUCAAGAGCCAGGACUCUAUCAAUGAGUCAAUCAUCUCCUCGGUUAAGCGGGUCGAAAUCGAGGAAUAUAUCAUAGCUGAAUACAUCAUGAAGGGUAAGAAGAUUACUGUGCAAACAAUAGAAGAAAUUGCAAUCAAAAAGGUAGUUCCAAAGAGGAUCAUAAUUGAAAUCAUCGAAGAGAUAAUAAUAAAACGAAAAAUAUCUAGAGAAGUGGUUUAUGAAAUAAUUGAGGAGGAGUUCAUCAAACAAGUUAGACCUAUCUAUGAUGAAGACGAAAGGCGAGCCAGUCAUGCAAAACAAGAUGUACUUGAUCAAAGAGAUGAUGAAAAAAUCGUCAGUGAAGAGCCAACUACGGUAGUAGAAAAAUCGAGCCCUCAAUUCAGUCACGAUCAAGUUAUGACGGUAGAAACGAAGUCUCCCGUCGAGGUUCAGGAAUUACCGACAAUCUCGAAAGAAAAAGAUACUGCAGUAUUUGACGAAAAAGAUCUUGACGAGGGUCAAUUAAUCGACGACUUUGUUAAUGUUCCAUCAAAGGAUGCGGUCAUCAAUUUCCUACUGGAAGAGAGAAGGCUAUCUCACGAAAAAUAUAUCCCAGGCAAGGAAGAUUCUGGAACAGAUCGUCAACCAGAUUCUAAAAAACUACCUAUUGACGACGGUGAGAAAGAUCCGGGAGAUGAUUUCGAGGCUGUGGAACAGGAGUACAAAGUCGGUGAUACUACCGAUCAUGCAGACGGCGACAAGAAGGAUAGGAAUUACGUAUUCGAAGCCGUUGAGGAUCACGCAGAAGAUGUGGUUGAGGCAGCUGAGAACUUGAUUCCGAAAACUGAGGGUAAACCCGAAGUUUCGAAAGUGACUCCAGUCCCCGUGGGGGUUACUGACAAAGUUGAACAAGAUACAGCGAAAUCAGAAAUUGUAAAGUCAGUUAUUGAUGUAGCAGAUGACCAAACUCGAUCACAAACGCCGAACGAUGAAAUUACCGAUCAAAAUCUAAAAGAUGUCAUAGUUCCUUCCAAAGUUCUGGAUGAGACCUCGAAGGACUUACCAGAACUGUCCACAACCCCUACGGAAAAGUUACACAUCAAAGACGCCGCCAAAGAUACUGCUGACGAUAUCAAAAGCCAAAUUCAGGACACGACCGUUAUCGCGGCUAUGACAGACAAGCCUGAAACAAAAAUAAGUGAUAUCGUCAAGGAUGUUGAUUCCGAACGGCAGUUUCAGCCAGAAAAAACUCCAGUCGAUACGCAUGAUAUUAAGUCAGAUGUGGGUAAACCACCCCGGAACGAAGAGGUCCACGUAGCUGAUGUUAAAAUUACAUCUCCACACGAUGAUGGUGAUCAAAUCAAAGAGAGUAUUGUUACCGAAAAACUGAUAAAGGAUGGAAUUUCAGAUCAUGUUCAGGAGCCAGAGGUAAAGGCUCCAGUUGUUGGGAAGGCUUCAGAAUCUGCUGAAAACGUGAUCGAUGAUAUUGAAAAAAAUCUUGGAGCAAUUGAACUGAAUCUUCGCGAAGAUACCCAAGUAACUGAUAAAAAAGAUGAACCCAAAUCUCCAGCAAAGACAGAUCAAGAUACCGCCAAGAGCGCUCCCCAAUCACCUCAAGAUGUUGAUCGAGUUGUGGAUCACGUAGAAGAGGAGCCAAAACAAUCGCAAACAGAUGAUAUUCCUAACGAGGCAGAUGUCCGAGUAUUAGAGACAAGUGGAACUUCAGAUGUUGGCCAACCACUUCGCACAGAAAUCGAUGAAAAGGCUGAUGUUACGGAGGCCUCUGAGAUUGCAAAAAAAGCAGCAUCACCUACUCCUGGUCUUCAGAGUGAUACGAAAGUCGUAGAUAGCAGCUGUUUUAAUAUAGAUCGGCAAGUCCCGGAUGAAAAGGUACCGAAGAUUCCAACAGUCGAAGCUACGGUACCCGAAAGUACUGACAUCAAAGUACAAGACGCUGAAAUUGACACGGUUGAUGAUAAACCAGAUCAUGCUAUUAGAAAGAAACGGUCACUUGCAGAGGAACAAACAGAUCCCACGAGCGUUGAGCCUGAAAUCAUUCCGGACACAAAAGAAUCUAUUAUUUCGAAUGACACAUUUCCCGAUAAGAAAACAACUUCACCGAAAGGUUCGGAAAAGCCGGAGACCGACUCUCCGAAUUUGGAGAACAAACUUGAGAAAUUGGAUAAGCCUCCAGAGGAUGAAUUCGCAGAACCAGAAGAUGAGGACGAUGACAAGGAAGUAGGAACCGUCCGCCGCAUGGUCGUCACUGCAAGUAGCGAAGAUGGGGGACACGAAACGGAACUCUGUCCUACCGGAAGCAUUACAUUCGUGAAAGCCACGACUCCCGAUGAUUCUCUGAAAGAUAUUUCCAGGAAAUCAACGCCGGAUAAAGACUCACUCCAAACAGAGAAAGACUCUGCAUACUCUGGAAAAAGUACACCUGAGAAAGACAGCAUCUCGGAAAGAUCUAUAUCAGAACUGAAAGAUGACAAGGCCACCCCUGAAGAUAGCCUCGAUAAAUCAAUUACGAGCAUCCAUGGUCAGUUUCUUCCAGAUGAAAACCGAAGGAAAUCUCUCGUGCAAGAGUCCGAGCAAACGAAGAUAACUGUAGUCGAUAGCGAUGACACUAAAAUCUCAGACAAGUCACCACAGCAAAUGCCUGUAGAAAAAGUCUCAUAUGAUGAGAAACUCCGCGAAGAAUUGCCAAAGAUACCAGUGGAAGAAAUUCAACACGUGCCACUGAAAAUAGUUUCUAAGCAUUUGCCAGAAAUUCCUGUAUUUACACCAUCUGAAAAAGCAGAUUCGGAAGAGCCUUCGCCAACUGAAACAAUCUAUGACAAAUCACCAGAAGAAAAAUAUUCGGAUCCCUUGGAGCGAGAUCCAGAAGAUACUACGUCUAGGUCUCCUAGUUUAACAAAAGUGAAACCAGCAGAAACUGCUCCCCGCGAUACACCGGAGAAGAAAACCGAUGAGGAAGCUCAUCCAUUAAGAAAAAGCAGUAUUAUUUCAGUGAAAAGCGAUGUGGAAGAUGUCACUUUGAAAAGUGAAAUGGACGCUGAGAAGUCUGUCUCUCCAACUGAGAAGUUCGUCGUAGAUGUCAAGGAAUUACCCGAUAAGGAUUCUUCCGUCGAGGGUUACGAAAGCGAGACUCCAAAAAAAACGACUGAGAAACCUCAGUCACCCGCUAUUGAUAAAUUAGAAGCUAAAGACGAGCUUCAACAAAAAGAGAAGAGAAAGGAAUCUCUAAUUACCGAUGAUAUAUCAGGUGCUUCCGAAGCACCUGAUUCUUCCCCCAGAAAAUUAAUUGAUGAUAAUCUCAUUGCUACUGACGAGCCGAAGAUGGAUGAACCACUCUCAAUAUCAGUGACUGACCUACCAGAUGAGCGCAAGCCAACUGCUAUUAUCUUAGGAUCGCCGAAAGAAGAUAUCUCAACUGAAGAAUUACCCGGCGAUAAAUCUUUGAAAACUAAAACACCCGUAGAGGAGUUGGAAUCUCUUACUAUUGCCCCUGAAACACGGGGAGAACAGGAACUUGUUGGUCAUAAGUCUCCGGAAGAGAAAUCUCCCACUCUGCUGACAGGGGAAUCGACAGAUACACCUAAAUCUCUCGUUGCCGGCCACAGUCCGGGAGAAGAUCUGGAAAGAAAAAUUUCGGAUAUUGAGUUACCCACGAAGAAGAGUCCAUCUGAAGCAGAUGGCAAAGAUCCCGAUAAAUUUUCCCGAACAACUGAAUCUCCGUCGCCGAGCGCAGUAACCGACAAACCCGCUAGCGAUACUGUUGCGGAAUCAGACGGAGACGAUAUCGCUCCAAGUCCAACGGAAAAGACGAAAUCUCCACUUACGGCUACUGAGAAAGAAACCGAUACGGUCGAAACACCGAGUGUUGCGUCUGAAAAACUACACGAACGUGAAGUUAUGGAAGAUGAACCACCCAGAGAUGUAUCUUCAUCACCCCCGACUAGCAAAGAAACCGAUAAGCCUCUGAUUUCGGGUGAAUCAAUCAAGGAUAGCAUACCAGAUAAGCUAAUUCGCGCUGAGCAGACGCCACCUCCUAUUACUGACACGGGGUCUGAGUCUCGUACACCGAAUGUCACCCCUGAAGAGAUAGUGGAAAAAGAUUUGCUCAUUGAGAAAAUCCAAAAAGAUCAACCCUCGUCUCCGGUCACGAAGGAACCGAUAGGUAAAACAUUUGAUGACAAACUACCAGAGAAAGAAUCUCAAGUUCUUACGAGUGACAAAGAUGUCGAGACGUCGCUGGCGCCCAGCAUCACCUCAGAAAAAGUAGAUGACGGUAUGAUUCCAGAUGUCUCUGAUAAAGUUAGUGAUAAGGAUAGCCCUUCUGACAAGAUUCCGAAAGACAAACUUCCGUGUCUAAUCGGUACAGAUGCGGAUGCAUCUCGGACACCUGGUGUCGCCGCAGAAGAGCCUGACGAACUCAAGGCAACGCAUGUUGCCGAUGUUCACCAACAUGAAAAGGAAACACAAUCUUUAGCUCCCGAAAAGGGUACAGAGGCAGUAAAAGAACCUUGCAUUCACCCGGAUCAAAUACAAACGAAAUCACCUUCCCCGACUACUGAGCAGGAUCUCGACAAGCCGGAAGAACUCGGCAUCGCACCUAAAGAAGUAGGGGGUGAGUCAAGUCCCGGAGAGAAGACGUACGGAGAUAAAGUGCCCUCUUCGGUAACUGAAAACGGUGAUUUAGAAGCUCAAAAGCCCGGCAUCGAUUUUGAUAAGCUGGAGGAUGUAGAAAAAGUGAGCCCCACCAACGAGUCAUGCAAAGACAAAUCUCCUACUACCGAAACGAUAUGCACCACGGAAAAACCAAAGGAUGGGAGUAGUUCGGAUAAGGUGGCACCCGAAGAUAAAGGUGAUCCCACCAUUGACCAUCAAGUUAUUGAGCCCAGAAAAUCAAGCUUGACUCCCGAAAAAUUGACGGAUGAAGAGAGUCCUAUAAGAAAAGCACAAAAGAGCGAAUCCCCCUCUCCAACCAGCGAGCAAGAUCAUAUCGACCCUCGCACUUCUAACAUCACCGCUGAAAAGGAUGGAGCUGGAAAUAUUCCCGAUGACAAGUUACAUAGAGUCGAGUCCCCCACGCCUGUAAUUAAGAAAGAAGUUGAUGAGCCUCGAAAAUUCAGCACCAGUUCGGAAACACUCGAUGAUCAUCCCAAACCAGAUGAUAAAUCGCCAGGAUCUGAAGAAAAGGUAGGGAAGCCUAGUGUUACACUAGAAACAGUGGUUGUCAAGACAGACCCUGAUACCGAAGAACGUGAAGACAAAGCACAAUCUCCGAGUAUUGAGAAAGAUGCCUCCGGUAAAGUACCUCGUACGCCGACUGUCACUCCUGAAGAACUUGUCGAGGACGUGGUUGUAGGCACUUCUGAUGAAAGAAAGGGUGAGGACGAGACUCUUUCUCCAACUCGCGAGGGAGUUGUUGCCGAGCCUCGAAAACAUAGCAUCACACCUGAAAGACUUCAGGAUAAGGAGGAUUUGGGAGAAAAGUUGCACGAGGACAAAUCUCCCUCCCCCACGCCUGAAAAGGAUAUUGUCGAACCUCAGCAACCCAGUAUUACCUCAGCUGAACCAAAAGACGAAAAAAGUGUUGUUCAAGAGACAAAUGAUCAAGAUCAACGGUCUUCUCUGCUUACAACGAAAGAUGCCGAUGAGCCGCAAGAACCCUCCAUAACUGCUACGGAGCCAGCGUAUACAAAUGAGCCAGGUGACAAAGCAUUCAAAGAUAAAUCACCAUCUUCAACGACCAAGAAAGAUGUGCCAGAGGCUCGAAAAUCCAGUAUUACUCCUGUAACGGUACAUGAAGAUGUUGCCGAGCCUAGAAAGUCUAGUCUCGCUAUCGAAAAAUUAGAUGCUGUAGAUAUUUCGGAGACCUCUGACGUCCCUGAAGAGCAAUUUCCGUCUCCGACAACACAAAAAAUUAGCGAUAAGCCUCGGUCGCCUAGCAUUACUUCUGAAGAAUCAGAUAAAACCCAUGUUCCUGAAACCGAGGUACAUAAGGACAAAUCUCCGUCCCCAAUGACUGACGAUAAAUCCGACCACCAUUCUAAAUCUCCCAGUACGAGUUCUGAGAGACCUAGUGUCGACGAUGUUCCUGACGACAAGGUGCACCAAGGCAAGCCACAAAUUCCAGCCACAGACGAACCGACUGACAGGCCUCGGUCGCUUAGCAUCGGGUCGAAAGAAACAGUAGAAGAACAUUCGCCUGAAAGCAAGCAACAGCGAAUGAAAUCUCCGUCCCCAAUGACUGAUAAAGAUUCCGGCAUACCCAGUAUUGUCCAAGCCAAGCCCGAUAAAUCAGAUAUUAAAGCGGGUGAGGCACAAGUGAUAUCUCCGUCUCCCAAACCUGAACCGGUAGAUGAUGGGUCAAGUACGCCUAGCACUACUACUUUACCUGCAGCAGUUCCUUCGGCUGGCAGCUUGCCAGAAAACCAAUAUCCAUCUCCCGACAAUGAUGAUGAAAAAAGCAGAUCAGAACAUCCAAGCAAUGCAAGUGAUGAAUUACAAAGCAAGCCACAGUCACCUGCCAAAAAGCCACGAGAUGAAACUAGCGAUUCGACUGAACAUGGACAUGAAAAAGAUAAAUCUCCCUCUCCGAUAACGGAGCUUAAAACACCCAGCCUGGCUACCGUUGAACCACAGAAAAAAGACUCACCAGAGAAACCUGAUAUCCCGACUGAGUCAAAAGAAAAAUUAACCGUAUCGGACUCUCCGGAAAAAUUGAACCUUGAUGAUAUCCAGGACGACAAAACCAUCAAGGACAGAUCACUUUCUCUCAGUUCUGAUAUAUCUGACAAGGCCAGCUCAACCAGUAUUUCUAGUGAAAAACCCGAGGGCAAAGAUAAAGCACCUAGUCCUGUAAGCGAAAAACUAAGUGAGAGUGAUGUGGAAAAACAUGUAGAAAAAGAUAAAUCGCCAUCUCCCAGUAUCGAUACAGUUGUGGAAAAAGAUGAAGUAAAGAAGGAUGACAUCAAGGAGCCGGUUCAUGUGACACCGUCUUCUAAAAUUUCCAGUGAUGAGCCAGCAGAACACAUAGCCAGCACUCUCCCAAAGGAUGAUAGUAAAUCUGAUGAUAAAUCAGAUACAUCGGAGAAACAUAAAUCUGUGCCAUCUUCACCUAGCCCUGAUCAAGAAGAUAAAUUUGACGGAGUAUCGUCCGAUGAUCCAAAAUUAUUGAGUUCCUUCCAGCACACGCCAGAAAAGUGCGAUAAGCCAACCGAAAUCGUACAAAAAGAAUUGCAAGUAGCGAGGGACGAUAAAACGGAUAAUGCUUCUCAGUUAAUUGAUUCAAAAAGUACAGUUAUCACAGAUGACGUUAAAGGUGAUUCACCGAUUUCUCCGAGUACAAUAUCUGACAUACCAGACAAACAGUCUGGCGUGAAUAUUGACACUGCUGACAGAAAACCCCAAAUACUUAAUGUUGCAUCAACCGAACUGGUUUCAAUGCCUGAAGUAACUUGCACUGUUUCUGAGAAAGCAGUUAAACCGUUACCGGAAUCGAUUUCCCCUGAUACAGACAGAUUGUCAGAUAAAGUCCGCUCGCCGAGUAUCGAAACUGACGAAUUAAAGUCCCCCAGCGUGGUUAAAGAAUCGACUGAAGAACGCAUCACCACGUCUCGCAGGACAAGUUCUAUUUCAGAACCACAGAAAUCUCCCGAACGCCCCAAGAGUCCCGCUUUGGCACAUGAUCUACCCGAAAAAGAAAAGUUCCACACUACCCUUGACGAUGGGGAUGUACCCGCGGAACCAAAAUCUCCCGGCGCAUUAAGCGAUAAGUCCGAUGAAAAAGAUACGAGUGAUUCCAAAUCACCCAAAGACAGAUCUCCAAGCUUCGACAAAACUCCGAAGGAUCGUUCAAGGUCACAUAGUUUGUUCGAUUCGGGAGACAGGACGCCUUUGGGACGUUCAAGAGCAGCUAGCUUGUUCGACGAUAAGCUUGACGAUAAAAUUGCUUACUCAGAUCUGGAUGCUAUGCGGCCAAGUAUUUCUGAGGAAACUGAGGAUGAUAAGAUACCACGACAACUCGACAAUGCUCAGGCUUUUACCGGCGACAUUUCAGAAACUUCUGCGAUAAAAUCGCCGAGUGUCGUCGAUAGCCAGACGACUGAUGAUUCCAAACAUACCGAUGUAUCUAUUGCAAAGCGACUGUCAAUCGAACAAUAUAUAAUUGACGAGUUCAUUCUAAAAAAACGAAAAAUCACCAAAGAGAUCCUCGAGGAAAUCGUCGUGAAACAUUCAGUUCCGAGGUAUAUCAUCUUCGAAAUUAUCGAAGAAAUAAUCGUCAGGCGGAAAAUUUCAUGGGAAACUGUUACCGAAGUUUCCAAAAUCGAAGAACCUGAGGAGGAAAAAGAUAUCAAGGAUGACCGCAAGCAGAGUGUAAUUCAUGAAGAUGAGAGUAUCAAGCCUCAGCAAACUGAUUUAACUGAUGUAAAAGAUGCUACCCCCGAACGAAGCCCGUUGAGUUCGAAGAGACCAAGCGUUGCCGGUGAACCCGCUGCUCCACAUGAAAUACCUUCUUGCGAACGGCCUCAUGGAAGUAUCUCCACCGUGGCUUCUGAUCUAAAGCCAGAGGUGAAACCAACACCAAGCACGAUCAGUGAUCAGAGCGUCGAACCUGACCCACAUGUGAUUAGGAAACGCAGCGUUGUCGAUGACCGAACUCCAGAACAGCUAUCGGCGGAUACCAUUGCAUCCUCCGAAAAAGUCGUACCAGAAAUGAUAGUAUCGAGCAAAGAUACCCUUUCUGAGGCAACAGAAGUUGGAAUAAAGCGACCCGACAUUGUGGAUGUCCAGCAUGGUGUACCUGGAGCGCAAGAUGUUACAACUGGUACGGAUCCGAAACUCGGUACUCCCGAAUCGGUAGAAAUUAAAACGUCCGAUCCGAAGAGCCCCGAGACCCAGAUCAAACACGUCGACAAGAUCAUUCCUACUGUGCCAGAAGCAAUCAGCGAGAAUGAAGCUCCUAUAGAUGGAGGUUCUGAUAACGAAAUUGUGACAAUAAACAGUAUAAAAAGAACAGAAAUCGAAGAAUACAUCACCGAAGAAUAUAUCAAAAAAGGUGAGAAAAUCACGAAACAAAUAGUAGAAGAGAUCAUGAUCAAGAAGUCAGCCCCUAGGUACAUAAUUUUGGAGAUCAUCGAAGAAAUAAUAAUCAAACGAAAAAUUUCGCGGGUAUUGGUCAUAGAUUUUGAUGAUGACGAUGAUGAAGGACAAGAAGAAGCAGAAGUGCAAAAUGAAAAAGAUCUCGAACCCAAGGAUCAAGUGACUGGAUCUCCUGCCAGCGAAGUAGAAGAUAGCAAGCCGCCGAAAUAUUCAGAAGAACCAUGUGAACCUAUGACUGGAAAAUCAACCCCCGAUAUUUCCUCUGCUAAGGAUCAAACACUGGACUCUUCAGGAAAAUUCACUCCCGACUUGAAGUCAUCGUUGCUCUCCGAAAAGUAUUCCGAUAAAUCAGGGUACUCUACUCCAGAUAUGAAACAACUCGAUGAAAGAUCUGGAAAGUCAUCUCCCGAUUAUAGAUCAGAUUACGAGAGUCAGUUCCACAAGGCGUUCGUUGAGGGGAUGACGGAAAUCAGAACAACACACAUUACAACACUUUCUGGUAAGACUACUCCAGACUUAGCUGCGAGCAGUGAGAAUGCGUCAGAACCGAAACCAAAAUCGCCAUCCAAAUCUGAUAAUGUCAUUGAUACGAUGACCGACAUGACGCAUCCGAAAGACGAAUCUCUUUCACGAAGACAGUCGGAAAUAGAGAAAAAAGAAACCUCUGAAAAGCCAUUCGAACCGGAGACUACAAAAAUUGAACCUCGGCUGACAGAAAAAUCACUAGAUGAAUCAACAUUUUCUGUAGCUGCGGAAAUCACCCCAACGACAUCCCGUACGGUGACCGAAAUCAGAGAGUCUACUGAUAAGACAAAACCGAUGGAAAUCACCAAACAAGAAGUUGAAACUUUUGAUCCUUCUGAGACUGAACCACUAUCGGCAACAAGUAAACAUGUCAAAGAACAUCUAGGAGAUGAGCCGGUAAUUACUUCAACGGUGGUAAAGCGAGAGUCAAUCACUUGCGUAGAUGAUCCCUCAUCUCCCAGCUCCGUCAAGUCCGAGACAAAACCGGAUGACGUUGAAUGUAAAGUAGAAAUAAUCACUAAAUUGACGAAGCGUGAAGUUGAAGCCGAGGAUCCCCCAGAAAUUGAAGAAGUUACCAGAACAGUUCGGUAUGUUACUGAGAUUGAAGAAACCGAACCUGAAUUCAUCACCAGAACAAUUAAGCAUAUUACCGAAAUCGAAGAGAAUGAGCCAGAAAUUCACAUGAAAGUUGUAAAACGAAAAAUGAUUGAUCCUGCAGAUGAAACUACAUCCUCUUCCACUUCAAUUUCGGUUCCAAAAGGAACGGAUGUUGACUCGGAACCUGAAAUAGUCACCAAAGUCAUUAGACGACAAAUCGAGACCGACGGACUUCCGGAUACGGAAACUAUAACAAAAACAACCAGGUAUGUUGUCGAGUCCGAGGAAGUUGAGCCAGAAAUUGUCACGAAGGUAAUAAGGCGGGAAAUAUAUGAUCCCGCAGACGAGACCAUAUCUUCGAAGGUCAGUGAAACGGUCAGAACGUACGAAACCGAAGCAGAGUCGGAAGUAACCACUCGAACUAUUCAGCGUGAAAUUGAAACACAAGACCCCUUGGAAACGAAAGUAAUCACAAGAACUGUCAGAUAUGUUACCGAAGCCGAUGAAAGUGAACCACAAGUUGUCACUAAGGUUAUAAGGCGGGAUAUCAUUGUUUCCGACGAUGACGGAGAAGUUCCAGAAGAGAAGCCGGAGAUCGUUAGCAAAAUAGUAAAAUCUUCAGACGCUCCACCCGACGUCGUAAAGAAGAUAAUCAGUCGGGAGGGUAUCCCUGAAGUAACUGAAACCGUUACAACUAGAACAACAAGGACGAUAGUGUCCGAAGCAAGUCCUUCUACUGAAACAAUGACAAAAACAACAACUGCGACGAUAACGUCUGACAUCGAAAAACCAGAACUCAUCACUCGCAUUAUAUCUCGGGAAGGUACACCCGAAAUCUCGGAGACCAUCAAACGAACAACAAAGACGAUCACAUCCGACGCUGGUCCCAAGUAUGUCACUAGAAUUAUCAGUCGAGAGGGAACCCCCGAAAUUCUGAAAACAUCCGAGGUCAAACGGAUCGUGACCACGGUCACUACCGUGACCGGACCAGAUGGUGAAUGCGUUACAACAAAAGACGUGAAAGAAAGCAGCGAUAAGUUGGACGGUGAGGAUUUGCUGGAGAAAUUGAUCGAUUCUUCGUCAGGUGAAGUUAAAACGAGCGAAGAGAGAUUCGUCAGCGAAACUCCCGAAGGUCUGAAAACAGAAGAGAUCAUAAAAAGAACGAUCACUACCGUCACUUCUUCGUCAGGACUGUCCACUCCGGAUGUCAAGACGUUCGUUGAUUCCGAAAAGGAAACAAUCCACCACAAAGGGAUUGAAAAGGAAGAAAUACCAUCAGAUAAUCAGGCUGAAAUCAAAGCUCACCAACAAGAAACUGUGCACCAAAAGGACUCUGAAGACAAGGCCGUCAAGGAAAAGAUUGCAGUUGAAAAAACAGCGUCCGAAAUUCUGCUGAAGAAUAUUAUUUCCGAUGAUAAAAGCCGCUCCGAAACGUCAUCCCCAGAAACGUCACCGCCAAAAGAUGUAGUUUCCGGUGGUCCAACCGGCAAAUCCACGCCUGACAUUCCCGCUUUUCCAUCGGCCCUAGAUUCUUCGGUGCUCCGAGGUAGAGUUGGGUCGGGCAGAUCAACACCCGAUAGAAAGUCCGAGGGAAAAUCGCGCACAUCAACUCCCGAAGGAUUCCGUUCGGGUGAGGUCAUUCGGACCAUCAUAACCACCACUCGUACCAUGUCGGAGGACGGGGAAAUUAUCACGACUACUAGGGAAGUUACCGAAAGUACAGAUGAACAAGGGCAAACGGUGAUCUUGGCGGAGAAGACCGACGUUAAAAAAGACGACAAAUUACCCAGCAAGGAUGCAUCGGAAACUGCGAUCAGCAGUGUGAUCGGUGGCAUCAAGGCUUCUGAAUUGAUGAGAGGAUCGAGUCCUGGUUCGGACGUAUUCAGUGACAGAGAUGUGGGACCGAUGAGUCCCAGAAGUGACAUCAGCAGCGGACAUAGCCGUGCUGCAACACAUGCUUGGGGCAGCAGCGAAGAGAGACAUACGUAUUCCGAUGACGAGCCACCCAGCUCCUCUCUGAGUACAACCUCUCAGUUCGGCUAUUCUCCACAUAUGCCAGGGUAUGAGUUGCCCGUCGACGAAGAUGCGCACAAGACACACGUCGCCCCCGGUACUACUAUGACCGGCAGUUUUUACGGAGAGCUACCAACCGAUCCGGCAGCUACCUCAUCUACGAAAUCGUCUCAGAAAACGUUGGGUAAGAUCAGCGACCCCGUACCAAUACAGGGUGAACAUUCGUCGAAAGGGUUUACCAUCGAGAAGGAGUUCUCGGGAGGUUACGACUUCAAGAAGGAAACGAAGAAGUACAUGGACGAAGCCGAUCUGGACUUUGAAAGAGCAAUGAUGGAGGACCGGGAAAAACGAGGAGAUGAUCUCGCCACUCAUCAUUAUACGAACGGUGCAUCGGUGCCGGUUUACACGAACGGGAACGCCAGUGCAGAGAAAGAAGUAAUCGCAAAGACCGUCGAGAAGACAACCGUUGAUAAGAAAAAAUGUGACCCAAUGGAAGCGUCCUUCAGCGCUGAGAAGGAGUCGCAACAGACAGGGAAAUCCGAAACCGAUCCAUUGGAGGGCUGGGGAAAGCCGCUGUACCUCCCAUCGCCCAAACCACCGAAGAAGUUCAACCACCGUAAGGCCCAACCCUCCGUUAGCUCUGAAGAAUUGGGUCCCGAUAGUUUGAACUUCGACGCGAUCAACACCUGGGGAGAACCGCUAAGACUUCCUUCGCCGGCACCCGCUCCUCCUAUGAACGAAGUUUCGAACAAAGGAGUUCCAGGAACGCCGAAGAAGGAGAAAAAGCAGCCAAAGAAAGUUCUCUCCGAAAAUAACAAAAAUAAGAAAAGGUCCGAAAGUCCCAGCAAGAACGACAAAAAGUCUAAAGACUCGAAGAACAAAGUUCAGCCCGUCUACAUGGACCUUACGUACGUUCCUCACCACGGUAAUUCGUACUACAGCUCUCUGGAAUUUUUCAAACGUAUUCGGGCAAGGUAUUACGUCUUCAGUGGCACCGAACCAAGCCGGGAGGUCUACGACGCCUUACUCGAAGCGAAAAAAACUUGGGAGGACAAAAAUUUGGAAGUAACUAUGAUCCCAACGUACGACACGGACACCCUCGGCUAUUGGGUCGCUGACAAUGAGGAAGCGCUGGCCGCAAAUCACAUCGAUCUGUCGCCCUCGGCAUCUCGGUGCACGAUCAACCUCCAGGACCACGAAACGAGUUGCAGCGCCUACCGCCUCGAAUUCUAGGGCUUGGCAGCAUGCUCGGCCGUAAUAGUCGAGUUUUAGGCAGACAGACUCUCCCCUACCAUUUCCCCUCAGUUCACCAACGGAACCUAGAUCACUCGAAGCAAAAGUCUAAACACAGAUCAAACAAAUAGGUCACGCAAAACCAAACUCCAAUGACUCCGGUGACGUGCGGCCGAUUAUUCCGUGCCGUAGCUCCGGCGAUUGCUCAGAAUUAGGUGAUGCUUACUUUCAUACUGACUCGGGAAAAUAACGAUUAAAAUUAGCGAUCAUCUGAUCAGACUGAAAGAAUUUACCUGAAAAUCCAUCACUCUUUGAUAGUCACUUCUAAUCGGAAGUUGAUAAUAACUAUAGACAGGAAAAGAUCCGUACAAUAGUCACCCAAUGAUGCCAAGAGAGAUGAACGAAGUUUGCCUAAUUUGACAUGUAUACGAAUACAGAUAUCAUCUGCGUUUCAAUUACUCUGGAGCACGGUGCAGGAAUUCUGUAUACAUAAUAGAUUAUAAUCAAGAUAUAGGAUUUUCAAAUUACCGGAUGCGAUUAGAACAGUAUUCUUGAAACAGUGUGGACAAGCGAAAACAAAGGAGAACGAAUAAGGGGGAAGCACCCAAGAUCUCCUCCAGCUGUACCCCUGUACUCCGAAAACAUAGAAACUCGAUCAAACAUCCGAUGACGCAGUUGUUACUGAUUUUAACCCUUUCGCUACUACGGGUGGACUACAAUCACCCGCCACAAAACGACACCCGCACACGACGGGUGACUGUAGUCGUCGGCCGGAAAAUGCCACGAUACAGGUGACAACACUCCCGUUCUACGCGAGGGACUCCGCGGCAAGGCCCGCCGUAGCGCCAGGGUUAAAAGCGCUCACUUGCGAUUAGUACUAAUACCUAAUAAUGCUUAAUCAACGUAUGAAGUUACCUGAACUAAACCCUAAUAUUGUUGAAAAAAUUGUUAGACCAACAUUAUAUCGUACGAAGAAGAAAACAUCUAUAUGUCUUUAAUGAUUAUAUUAUCGUAAAUGUCUAUACAUAUAUAUAUACAUAUACACACAUACAUUACACGCAUACAUACACAUAAAUGGUUAUAUUUACACCAAGAAAUAAUGUUACCUUUAUAAUAUUAUAUGUCUUAGAGAGAUAAUCAACAAUUCACUAAUACAACCGACCGUGAUUCAAUGUCGGCCGGCGUUGACAAAGGUACAUCCCAAUAAUUCAAAUGGCUGACAGUGCUAAAGUUGACAACAGUUCGGUUAGAUCCUAUCGGAGCGCAUCGCCGCAGGCUUGCGGAUGGAAUCCCUUGCGGUUCGACUUCGCAGGUCGCGUCUACGUAGCCAUUAUAGAUACCAUAUUACAACUGCGCAGGAAUGCGCGUGCAAACUAGAAUGCAAGAUUGCAAAUGUUCCAUCAAAAUGACAGUGCGAAGGUUUGCAUUGACCCGCGAGUAUACAAUGCGAGGUAAUCAUCCUAAACUCAUCGCGAGUAAUUACGGUCGAAGGUUCUUUAUAGUUUCGCAAAGUCGAAGACGUCCCGCUAAAUCCCGCGGACGCUCUCUGGAUGUUGGCGGGACGGGGCAGAACUUAUAUUCUGAAACUAAAGAGUUUUCGGCGUACCUCGACUCGUGACUUAUGAUUUUACUGUUCUGGACAAAAAUAGUCGAUAAAAUGAUAACCCAAGAUCACCGAAGAAAAACAAAUAACGAAUAAAACGGAACAAAAACUAACGGUAGAACGAUACGUUUACUUUUUGUACUUAUUGCUCUGUCAGCGACGAGUGCUUGAGACUUACAAUUAGCGAGGCGAUUCAUUGAAGAGAUAAAACUGGGCAAAGUAGGUUUUUUGACCGAUCCUUUGUUUGAAUUAAAAUAGAUUCUUUGGAGGCAUUCGACAUUUCCCGAUAAUAUUCGCCCCGUGUAAUGUAUUUAGUAUUAUUGUUGAAGUUGAAGUUUGAAUUUGGAAGUUGAACUAAAAAAAAAUAUUAUUUAUCUACCGUCGCAUUCGCAGAACGGAGUUUAGCGCGGGGGAGGGUUAGCCGAUGUCGGCCUGUGUUCGGUCAGACCAUCGGUCAUCCCUGCUCCACGAGAUUCGCUGAUUUUCGAUCAGGUUAUGCAUAUUAUAAAUUUUAGAGUUUAGGGACUAAACCCCGUUGCAGGGGAUCUCGCACGCGACGUGCGGCGCAAAUACCAUGUAGAAAAUGUGAUUUUAGAAUGCUAAUACUAAAUAUAACGAGGAUAUUCGUAUAAGAAAUAUGAAAUAAGAGUUUUAGAGGUGAGCGCGUGCGAGAUCACUUUACCAAGGGGACGUAAAUAUAGUAUGUAAGUUUUCUACCGCCCGCCUACUUUUCGUCGUCUUUAUUAUCUCUUAUUUUGCUGCCGCUGUAACGACCCUUACUUUUGUAUAUGUACAAUCUUCCGUACUCCUCGCAGUAUCUUCGUUACAAGAUGUAAUAUCAUUUCGAUUAUCGAUCGCUAGUUGUACCGCUACUGCAGUUAUCAUCAUUAUUAUCCCCGCUUAUGAUUAUCGGUGAUUAUUGUUUACCAUAGUCUCGAUCGACGUCAUAAUCAUUACUAUUAUAUUACUGUACUUUUGUAGUUUUAUUUAUUCUUCGUCUGAAGGAGAUGUAACGUAUAUCGAUUUCGCAACGAUACGUACGUACCUUGUAUCGUUAUUACGCGUUGACUUAUAUUAUUAUAUUUUGGAAUGCUGCGGUUUGAAUGAAUACAUGAUUAUCUAUACGAUGAAAACAGAAAUUGAAGAAAAAAAAAAAAAAUGCUAUUCAGUUUCAUAAUAACCACGAAAGAGAAGAGAAAAAUUAAGUUCUAGCUAUAUAGGAAUACAUCAUUAUACUGAAUUUUAGGUACCAAAUUAAUAAGAGCGUCGUAACAAUGUUAUAUUAUAAUAAUUAUCUUGAAUUUUUUCGUUGAAAUAUGCGAAUCGAAUUUUUUGUAAGGUUCGUUGAAUUUAUAUUACCGAUUGAAAAAUGACCAGCUAUUUAGGUAGGAUGUUAAAAUAAUUAAAUUAUCGAUUGAAAUCUAUAUACCGUGAUGGAUUAUAUAAAAUAUUAAUUAGGUGCGAGCUUUCAAAAAUAUAAUAGGGUGGAAUAAACGUUGACGAUAAGAAGAAAUAAAUGAAUAGAGAAAGAAAGAAGAAGAAAAAUAAUAAUCGAAAAAAGAUCAAAAAUGGAUGCAGUACGAGCCCCACACCUUACAGCAGAUCCCAGCUGCUCCGCUUCGCUUUGCGAUGAUCGAGGGACUUUGGAAAUUCGUGAAAACCAAUUUCGUCAGGCUCUUCUCCCGCGCUCCUAUCAUGUUGACGAAUCAUAACGCGUUGCAUUUUCAAUAGUUACCGUCAAUAUGUGACUUUCACACUCUACGGCUCUCCGCUAACUAUAACGAUUCUCACACAUUCCGAAGUUUACAUAAAAUAUAUUAUACACCCGGCUCUAGUCAUUCGGAAGAAGAGUCCCUUCUUGUAAUAGGCUGUUUAGAAAAAUGUCGAGAUCUAGUCAUCGGGAUAGCGAUAAUCAAACGAGACCCGAAUAUAGUUCCAACGGCGGGCUAUCAGUCCCUCGUCGCAACGGCGGAAGCGAAAGCGUGUUUCGUAUAACGAAUUCAAAUACAUAUACUGUGGAGUGUUCAUGGUGCUAUGAUUAUUAUAGAAAAGUAAUAAUGUUAUGCUAUAUAUGAUAAAUGAUAAUAUAAUAAAAGUACACUAUACCUUA